AUGAUGAAGGGCUCGAUGGCGCCAAUGAUGCUGACGCAAGCGCGCAAGGACGAGCUCCUUGAGGACAUUGACUCGAUGCUGCCGACGCUCCUCCAGUCCAUGCGCCCGCAGGCGUCGCAAUGGGACCUCAACUUUGUCCGGAACGGCGUCACGUGCUAUGACAACGUGCACGCGGACCCAUACCACCGCCUUUGCCUCUCGGCAAGCACGGUCGCGUCGUCGCUCGACUCGGCCAUGAGCGCGAUGGCCACUGACACGACGUCGGCGCUUCUGCGCGCCGAGAAGGAGGCGCUCGGCGACCGCGUCUCGAACGCGACCGUGGUCUCGCCGCUUCGCCCGCGCACGCGCAAGUCGCAGAACCACUACAUUGGCAUCAAGUGGAUCGCGUACAACAUCAACGGCCAGCAGCGCUUCGACCUCGUCUUUUGCGACGCCGUCGGCACGGGUGUCGACCCGGUCUCGGGUCGCCGGUACGGGUACCGCGUCCUGCGGUCCAUGGUGCUCCCCGAGUGCACGCCGAUCGAGGGCCUUCCGCGCGGCCACGUCGGCUUCAACGUUAUCAAGUUUAUCGAGACGGACGACCCGGGCAUGCUCGACAUGCACAUCGCCGUCAACCUCCUCGUCGACGACGUCGCGUCGCUCUCGAGCGUCUUUGACCCGUUUCCGCAGACGACGCGCCUCCGGAGCUACGUCGAGCAGUUUUACAAGAAGCAGUCGGCGAUUCCGGCGCGGCGCCACACGACACCGCUCUUCCACUCGUUCUCCAUGUCGCUCCUCGACGACCCGACCAAGGAGAAGAAGCCGUCGCAGUGCGGAUUGUGCCGGAAAAAGUUCCACUGGUUCCGCCGGCGCCACGCGUGCAGCGAGUGCAGCAACACGGUCUGCCACUCGUGCGUCGAAACCAUCAAGCUGCGUCGCGGGCGCCGCAAGAUCUGCCUCGUGUGCCGCUGCACGACGACGCUCCAGGGCUCGAACGAGUCGCAGGCGUCGCCGCAAGGCCUCCAGCGCUACCGCGCGCCGACGCAGCCGACGCGCCAGUCGCUGACGUCGCCCAUCUACGACAUCCGCAUGAGUGCGUGGUCGCCGCGGUCGAUUGACGGCGAAACGCCCACGAGCCGUCAUACGGUCGCCGGGUACCCCGACUAUGACCGCCCCACAACGCCGUCCUCGGUCGUCUCGUACAACGGCGGCGACAACUACGCGCCCCGCUACAGCAGCGAGCGCUCGUACAUGGGCUCGAGCCGCGGCCACACUGGCGAGUCACGCUCGAUGGUCGAGCCGCCCGUCGGUCUUGGCUCGUCGCGGGGCGCGUCCGGUGGCCGGUUCAUUUCGUUCCAGAUGCCGUGGGACCAGAAGCACAAGCCGGCACCGUCAGUCCGGACGCCGAGCGGAAAGCGCAUGACGCAAACGACCCGCGACACGGUCGACUAUGAAGACGACAUGCUCAUGCAGCAGAUCAACCGCACGUCCAUUAGCAGCGUCGCGUCGCUCCAUGACUGGAACCCCGUCGACAUCACGGCCCGCAACUCGAUCCCGUACGCCAACAGCGGCUGGACACCCGUGGACCACUCGUCGAUGCAGCAGGUCCGGUAG